AUGGCAUGUACCAAGAGGGUAAAGGUAGCAGGUAGCUCCAUUGACAACGUUCGAGUGUUAUGUUUUGAUAUGAGGAACCCAUAUGCGCCACCUAGAGGAAUUCGAACAACAUUAUACAACCCUAUUGAAAAUGUGUCCGAAUUACCUUUACAGGAAUUGUACGAUAACCUUGAGGAAGUUGACAACACCUGUAUGCAUUUGAGCGUGGUAAAUUUAGAACGUCAGGAGAAAGUUGUAGACACGAAGUUUGGGAAAUUCCCCAAGGGGAGUCCACUUGCAGUGCAGCAAAAAAUGAACAGUAAUUUAAUUCUGAAUAUAUUGGAUGCUGAUGACUUUCCUAAAUUACCAUCUCAAAAUGUGAUGAUUAACAAUAUAUCUACUGUGUUAUCUGAAACAAAACACUUGAAAACUGACUCAUUAAGUGUCACUACUGAUGAGGCUUCAGAAAUAGAAUCUCUGACUCAGUUACAGUCACAGGAUCCCAAAUGGCACAGGAUUAGGCUUGAUAGGAUAACGGCAUCUAUUGCUGGUUCCAUUGUCAAAAGGAGAAAAGACUAUGACCCCUUGGUGGAGCGACUAAGGACCUCCAGAUCUGUGGUGACAGCCAGUAUGAGACAUGGGAUAGCAUGUGAGCCUACAACAGCUGAAGCAUUUGUAGCAAGGAUGAAUGACAAUGUCAACAUUUAUCCCUGUGGAAUAUUUGUCAGUCCAUGGUCACUGACCUUGGUUGGCAGCUAG